AACUUUGAAGAUGUAGCUGUGACCUUUUCCUGGGAGGAAUGGGGUCUCCUUGAUGAGGCUCAAAGAUACCUGUACCAUGAUGUGAUGCUGGAGAACUUGGCACUUAUAACCUCCCUGGGUUGUUGCCAUGAAGUGGAGAAUGAAAAGCCUUCUUUUGAGCAGUGUACUUCUGUUCAAAGAGUGUCGCAGAUCAGGAGUCCCAAGGCAGAUCUGUCCUUCAGAAAGGCCCACCCUUGUGAAAUAUGUGUCCAGAUAUUGAGAGAAUUUUUGUACUUGAAUAAAUAUCAAGGAACACAUUCAAAGCAGAAAUUACAUAGGUGUGAGACAUGUGGGAAACAAUUGUAUGUAAGCAUAAACCUUCAUCAGCAUCAGAGGCAGUGCAUUGGGGAGAAACCCUUCAGAAGAGAUGUGGACAGAACCUCAUUUGUGAAGAACUGCAAGUACCAUGUGUCAAGGAAGCCAUUAGUCUUCAGGGUGGUUGGGAAGGACUUCUUGGCCAGUUCUCAGUUUCUCCAGCAAUGGGCUACUCACACCUGGGAGAGGUCAAACAGCAGAGCCGAGUGUGGGAUGGCCUUUCAGAGGGGAAAAACUUAUCAUAACUGGGAAGAAUGCACAAAAGCUUUCAGUCCCAAACACACACUUGUUCAGCACCAGAGACUCCUCACUAGAGAAAUAUGUUUUAUGUGUAAUCAGUGUGAGAGAAGCUGUAACGUCAGUCAGCAUCAGAAAGUUUACAAUGGAGAAAGAACUUUUGAACCUGGGGAACAUGGGAUAUUAUUUAACAGAAAGUCCAACCUCAUUGAACACCAGAGAAGUAACACUAGAGAUAGGCCUUAUGAAUGUACAGAAUAUGGGAAAUCAUUUACUCAGUGCUCCAACCUCUUUACACACAAGAGAGUUCACAUGAAACAAAAGCCAUAUGAAUGUGAUGAAUAUGCAAAAUCGUUUAGCCAAAGCUCUACCCUCCUUCAACAUCGGAGAAUUCACACUAGGGAAAGGCCUUAUGAGUGCAAUGAAUGUGGUAGAACUUUUACACAAAACUCUGUGCUCCUUCAGCAUCAGAGACUUCACACUGGAUCAAGGCCUUAUGAAUGCACUGAAUGUGGAAAAUCCUUUGCUGUAAACUCCAGACUCAUUAAACAUAGGAGAGUUCAUACUGGAGAAAUGUCUUAUAAAUGCAGUGAAUGUGGAAAAACAUUUUGCCAAAGCUCUUCAUUCCUCCGACAUCAGAGAGUUCACACUGGAGAAAGGCCUUAUAAGUGUGGGGAGUGUGGAAAAUCAUUUAGCAACAAGUCCCAUCUCAUUGAACACCAGAGAGUUCACACUGGUGAAAGGCCAUAUGAGUGUGGGGAAUGUAGGAAAUUCUUUAGCAAGAAAUCCUACCUCAUUAUACAUCAGAGAGUUCACACCAGGGAAAGGCCAUAUAAAUACAAUGAAUGCGGGAAAUCAUUUAGCCAAAACUCUGCACUCCUUCAACAUCAGAGAAUUCACACUGGUUCAAGGCCUUAUGAGUGCACUGAAUGUGGAAAAUCCUUUGCUGAUAAUUCAGCCUUCAUUAAACACAGGAGAAUUCACACUGGAGAAAGGCCUUAUGAGUGCAGUGAGUGUGGGAAAGCAUUUGCCCAAAGUUCUUCAGUCCUUCGACAUCAGAGAGUUCACUGGAAAAAACUCAUAAAAGUAAAGAAAAUUUGGGAAGUUGGUUAG